AACUACUCUCUCUCUAUCUAAACCUAAAACAACACUUCUCAUUCUCUCUCUAACUUAGGCAUUGGAGGGUGUCCGGGGAACCGCCCACGGACCCUUGUUUUGUAGGAAUUGGAGUACACCCUUUAUCCGGAACAGACGCCUAGCUUGCCCUGCACUCAACCGCCUGGAACAUUCCAGGCUUAAACAAUUUGGCGCCCACCGUGGGGCGAGAGAGGCACUGAAGAAAGGAUGGACGGGAGCUCCAAUACUCCUGUCAAAGACAUGGUCAGAGGAGAUGGCUUCCGCAGCCAAGAGAUCGCGACGGGCGGCCUCCGCGGGUUGGAAAUGCCCGUAGUGGAGGAAGAGAGGGAGAUGGAGGACCGCGUAAAAAGUCAAGGGCAGCAGAUAUCAAGCAUGCAAGAGAGUUUGAGCCAAAUCCUGACCAUGCUCAAAGAAAAGGAAGGGGAGGCCCCAGAAGGUUCGGGGAAGCGAACAGCCAAAGGAAAAGGAAGAGACAGAGACCCCGACAGCCCUGCUCCGACUGAAGGCGGGGAGUCGGACGAAGAAGAAGGAGCAGGAGAUGACAGCCUUGGAUUCCUGGAGGAACAUCUUAAGCCCACAUAUGGGGGCGCAAAGACCCACCACAUCUUACAAAACCCUCUAGCCAAAAGUCUGUUUAAAACUCAAGUACCAUCGAACUUCUCAUCACUCGGGCUGCCAACUUACAACGGAAGCUCUGAUCCCGCCGACCACCUGAGCGCCUUCAUACUGAAGAUGCAGCUCAUCAAUGCCACAGACGCCGAUCUGUGCAAAGCAUUCCCAGUCACGUUUGGAGGGCACUGUCGAACCUGGUAUACCUCCCUUCCCGAGGGAAUAAUCGAGAACUUCGAAAAGUUUGCCACCCUCUUCUCCUCCAACUUUGCAUCCCAGCGAAGGAGGAAGCUAACCGUCUCCGCCCUAAUCAACUGCAAGCAAGGCGGAGAAGAGACGCUGACCGAUUUCUAUGACCGGUGGAACGCCAUAGCUUGUGAAGUGCAGGGAAUAUCGCCAAGCGUAGCAGCGGGGAACUUACGUAUGUCCACACACAGCUGCGAACUGCGGAGAGCGCUCAUCAAGAAAGAACAUGUACUGAAGGAAUGACCUGAUCUGGACCGCCUAGUGAGAAAGGCGAUCCUGUUGGAAGAGGCCAUGAUAAUGGAGGACACCGCUAAGCGUGUCAGCGCGAGGGAAAGACCGGAGAAGAGGAAAGGAGGAUCGCCCAAGGGAAGAGGGCGGUCUCCGGAGAAACGCAACUAUAAGCCACAAUUUUCCCACCGCGACAAUCGAAGGGAAGUUUACACCACCAGUAAAGAAGAAGGGAGAGAAAGAGGAGGCGACAACAGCAAUGCGCGCCAGACGCAUAGGAGGGAAGAGGAUCGGAAAUGGUGUGACUGGCACCAAACUCCCACCCACGACACCGCAGAGUGUCGGGAGUUCAGGGCCAGUCUGAAAUACUUGGCACCUGGAGACCUCAGAAGCCGCCUAGACACACGUCCCAACCGUCAAGAAGAAAAGCACCAUAGAGAG